GGUGGCGAGUGAUCUAUCAACUAAAUCAUUUAUUUAGACAUAUCACAGGUGAGUGGUCAGCCACUGGACACUGGUCAGAUCCCUGGACACUGCGGACAUGGAGAGGCGCGGCCCAGGUUAAGUCACAAGUCAGACAACGUCCUCUGGCGGGAGUCAUGUAUACCACAUAUGCAGUGCUGGUAAUAUUGACCUUGACCUUCCAUAGCGCCCUCUGUCAACAAUAUAGCGAGGCUGUCUUUCUGUCUGAUGACGUCACAUACAGCUGUUGCGGAUUCGUGGACCUGGUACUAGUCGUGGAUGCUUCAGCCUUCACGCGCUUCACCACACCACGUGGUGUUCCAAUAUGGCACCCCGGCAUCGCCGUGUUCGUCAACAACCUUCUGCGAGUUCUCCAAGUGGGCCCAGCAUCGUUUCGAGUGGCCGCCAUAUUGUACAGCACAGGUAUUGAUGACAUCAUGCCUUUCAGUGUACAUCAAGUCUACACCCUCCACACUUUCGGAUUUCUCCGUCCUGGGUUCGGUGUCUCGGCCACGGCUAAGGGUUUAUCGGAGAUGAGAAAGAUGCUGUCAUACUACGGUCGACCGGACGCGGCCAAGCGUGCCAUCCUUCUCAGUGCUUCCCAUUCUAAUGACCACCAGGCGGCGCUAGUAGAGGCUAACCUUGCUAGGUCCAUGGGAAUAGAUAUCCUCUCGGUAGGAUUCGGACCUUUCCGGGACGUUGGUGAACUGAACGAAAUUAGUCCCGGCUGGGUAUUAGAAGUUCCUGAUGCUGGCAUGCUCUAUGCUCUUGUCGGGAGAAUAGCCGCAAGGUUGUGUAAAGAAGCGGUCAAUGGAGGCUGGUCGCCAUGGCUCAGCUGGACCCCCUGUUCAAAAAGUUGUGAUGGCGGUGUAUCUAGGAGAUUUCGUUUCUGUAAUAACCCACUUCCGCAAUAUGGCGGCUCUUUCUGUACAGGAGUUCCCGACAUAAGAAUGGAUUGUAACACACAACCUUGCUUAGCGUUCUUCUCCGGAGGAGUUGAUUGGUCAACUUGGGGCCCAUGUUCUGCUACAUGUGGAUCCGGCACGCGCUCACGCUUUCGACCGUGUCUGUCUAGGUCUCAAUGUAGGCCUGGAGCAUCAGAGACAAGAACAUCAACAUGUAGGAUGUCAGCUUGUCCAGUUGAAUCAACGUGGGGUACUUGGUUGUCAUGGGAACCAUGUUCUAUGACGUGUGGGCGUGGCGUGAGACAGCGCCGCCGGAAGUGUACAGACACAAGCCCCGGAGUAGACGGACGCUGCCUCGGGCCAGGAAUGGACACGGAAAUGUGUAACGCAGGAAUUGCGUGUCAAGAAUGUGAAAGAUGUAUUCUAGGCCCAGGAGGCCGACGGUAUGUGGGAUGUCCUCACGAUUGUACGAGGUAUGUUCAGUGCCCGGCUCCGGGCUAUGAAGCUCUGCAGAAGAUCUGUCCGCACGGACAACUCUGGAGUAACCGACAGCAGAAAUGUGUCCAGCCGUCCGAAUCGGAGUGUGAUUUGUGCUCCGGACAGAUAACAGGCAGUGAAAUUUGGUAUUCGUGUCGAGAAUACUGGAAAUGUGAAAGCGACCAUAGAAAUCUUCAUCUUCGGUGCUGUCCUGACGGAUUCCAUUUUGUUCCUGGUCUGGGAUGUAUGAAAGAUGUCGACAACUCCUGCAAGGCAGAGUGCUAUUCACGGCCAUCUCUCGGUUUUCAAGCAAAAAACUGCUCAUAUCGUCCUUCACCCUUGGGUUCCUACUGGUACGAAGAGAUCACUUCGGACUUCCGCAAGACUCUCGCAUGCCCUGUCGGUACCCAGUUUUCACAAGAUGUCUGUCAAUGUGUUAUGACGCAUGAACUUUCACCUACAAUGUCAUUCAACAGAGGGUGUCACACAAUGGUAAGCAUGGCGUUCCGGUCACGUGACCAAGAUACGAAAAACACCCCAUCCAAAGUCCGCUACAAGAAUGUUGCGUAUAUUAACAACGAAAGCGCCAUGUUUGGACAGGGCAGUAGUAUCUCCUUCACGUACUUCUCCAAUGUAGACAUGGGUCAAAUGUUAUUCCUGCACAUGCGCAUACUGCCAGAACUAGCGGAUCCCCCACAAGCCGUCCUACACAAUGGAGAUUGCGAGAUUGGCUCCAAUCCAUCUCUUCUUGUUGGCAUUGACAAAGCCGACAGCGACUCAGAACUUGUGUAUAUAUUUGGAAUAUCUAUAGAGGAAACCAACCAGAUGGUUUUCCUUAAUUUGACUGCAAAGCGCAGUCCAGAAUUCAGCGACCUGGUGCUUCGUUUCGAUGGUUCAUCCUUGGGUGUGGAGGUUAACGGAAAGUUGGCAAAAAUGAAUCUCAACAAAAAAGGAAGCAUAUCCCGAAGUCGAGGCGCCUUACAACUUGGCGGCAAAGCUUGCAGCAUAGGGUACAGCGCUUUCUCUGGACUGGUUGAUAUGAUUGAAGUUACAACCUGUGGCGAGGAGUAAAACAUGGCGUCAGAUGUGGAACUACAAAGACACGGCAUUCUACAUAAUUUCCUAUCAAAUACCUAAUAACAUCAUUCCAUGGUUGCUCUUUGAAGUUUAUCAUUCAGUUGAUAAAGAUAUCCUAAUUAAAUGAUGUGCUAAUUAAAUUACUUUAAAAUAUUAUUUGGAGCAGAAUGGUUAAAAUAGAGAAAUGACUAUUUUAAUGUAAUAAUCCAUCUUAAAUUCUAUGCUUAUGUGUGUCUUUAAAUACUUAGUAUGGCGGUAUUGACCUAAAUUAAGGGCGGGGGUAAUUGCUUAUUGACUGAAAUUGAUCACGAUUUUUUUAAAAACUUGUGACCUGACCAGAGAAAACUCCGAAAGACUCGUUUUCGUUUCAUAAAUCGCCGCGAAAGAAUGUUCAUGUAAGAUGUAAGAAGCAUGAUAGGAACACAAAUUAUAUUGGCAUUAUUAUCAUGAUGAGGGAAGAAGUCCAACAUAGCAAAUUGUGUUGUGAAAAUCAACAAUAUAUUUGAAACUUCUGAAAUGAGAAAACAUAUCACAUUUAACCUGUAGAGAGCACAUUUUGAGAGAAAAAAAAUAAUAACGAAAUGUAAAAUUAAUUUCAGACUCAAGAAGCAAGCAAAUAACAGCCUGGAAAAGCGUUUACGGCAGAUAUAAUUAAAAACAAAUUACAACAAUAGCUAUUAUAUGAUUCAUGUAAUCGUUACUUGUCAAAUUUUACAUGAUUAUUCAAAUAUAGAUAUCUUAAUAAAUCAGCCUUGAACAUGUAUUUGUCUGAUACCGUGAAUUUCUUGUUGGGAAAGUGCCAUGAAAUAUUGAACAUGAAAAUAAGCCGUCAAGUUUUGGGUACGAUAUCUGAGGCUACGGUCACAUUUCAUGAAAAUAAGCCGUUUAAUUUUGGGUAUGAUACAAUCUAUGAGGUUACGAUCACGUGACGGUCCAAUCGAAUGCCUAGACGUCCUUGUUCAGGUUACGUUUUAAAGUGUUGUGAACAGUUCUAGAAACCAUGGUAUACUUCCUGAAAAGGACAAGAUUAUAUACAUCACGACUUAUUUUCAAUAUCUUGAAGUAUAAAAAAAAAGCGAAUUCUGAUAGUCAAUAUCUUAAAGUAUAAAAAGGCGAUUUCUAAUAGCUUAUUCGUCUACAUGUAAACAUGUGCAGACGACAUGAAUUUAUUAGAUAAAGAAAUAAUGUCGGAAUAUUAAACGAAGCUGAUAAUAAUAACCAAAGAUCUUAAUUAAACUUUGGAAGAUAGCAAGAGGUCUAAACAGAUGGAUUGUUCGAAAAACACUUAAGUCUUAUGACCAUUAAGUACGAAUUUGAGAAUAAAUUCAAAUACACCACACAGCUGUUUCGUCCUUCAGAGAGGAUGGUAGGGGCCAACAGUAGGAUAGAUCCAGAGGAGAAGUCGGGAAAAUCUAAACGAGGCUGAAGACAUGUCACGUGCAUUGUCCCUCUAUGUUUGACCUAUUUAGGAUAAUGGAUUUAAUAAGAAUACAUUAUGAGGAGACUAAUCACAUAAUUUAUUGUUAAUCAUGUAGAAUUAAUGAAUUAAUAAUCAAAGCAGGGAUAAUGAUUAACUAUAGUUAGUCUCCAUAAUCCACGGUUUAAAUACAGAUACGGAGCCUGUUGUUAUAGACACAGGGGCUCGCAUGGAUAAAAACAAGUUGAUAUAGUAGAAGUGGGUAAUAUCUUUUUUUAACAAAUAUUAACCAGAUUCAAACGCCUGUGUUAUAGGCUUAGAAUCUGUAGUGUCGUUGAUUUCAUCCAGAGACGUCUAUAUACAUGUAUCACAACAAUUUUCGAUAAGUUUCCGGAAUCAUCAGUUUAUUAGAUACGUUUGAAAAAAAUAUUAAAACAAGAAUUUCAUGGUU